CGUUCAGUUAUUGCAUAAAGUUCGCUUCAGAAUUCCAAAUUUCUUGAAGUUGAAAUAGUUUCCAAUAUCUGUUUUUAUAUUGCAAAUAUAUCUAUACUAUUUGAAACGGUUUAAGCGAAAUUCAAAAUGUGUUCACGUGAUCCGGCUUCCAAUCAGUUGAUCGACUACAAGAACAAAGACUCAGAGCCACCCACCGAAUGCACCACUUCGAGUGGUAUACCCGUUGGUGUCAAGGAUGCCAUUAUGACGGUUGGGCCGCGAGGUCCUGCUCUGUUGCAGGACUUCGUUUUCCUUGACGAGCUGUCGCAUUUUGAUACGGAACGUAUACCAGAGCGUGUGGCCUAUGCCAAAGGUGCCGGAGCUUUUGGAUACUUCGAAUGCACCCAUGACAUAACCAAAUUCUGUGCAGCGUCAGUAUUUGAUCGUGUCAAGAAACGUACAGCGAUAGCCAUGAGAUUCUCAGUGGCCUGUGGUGAGAACGGAUCCGCGGAUACGGUGCGCGAACAGCGAGGAUUUGCGAUCAAGUUCUAUACGGAAGAUGGCAUCUGGGAUUUGGUGGGCUGCAGCAUGCCCGUGUACUAUGUGCGUGAUCCCUCGCUCUUUCCCAGUCUGGUGCAUGCCCAGAAACGCAAUCCACAGACACAUCUCAGGGAUCCGGACAUGUUCUGGGACUUUAUGUCUCUGCGAGCAGAGACAAUGCACGCUUUGCUCAUGUAUUUCGGUGAUCGGGGAACUCCCGAUGGCUAUAGGCAUAUGCAUGGCUAUGGCGCCCAUACCUACCGCAUGGUAAAUCCAAGUGGAGAAACUUUCUAUGUUAAAUUCCACAUGAAGACAGAUCAGGGUAUUAAGAAUUUGGACGCACGUCGUUGUGCAGAGUUGGCCGCUCAUGAUCCAGACUAUUCCAUACGUGAUUUGUAUAAUGCCAUCAAGAAGGGCAACUAUCCUAGCUGGAGUUUGUUCAUUCAGGUGAUGCUCAACGAGGAGGCCAGAAAGUGCAAAUUUAAUCCUUUCGAUGUGACCAAGGUGUGGCCACAGAAGGAGUAUCCCUUGUUGCCCGUUGGCAGAUUGGUCUUGGAUCGUAAUCCCACCAAUUACUUUACGGAAGUCGAGCAGUUGGCCUUUAGUCCGGCUCAUAUGGUGCCCGGUAUUGAGCCGUCGCCGGAUAAAAUGCUUCAGGGUCGUCUGUUUGCUUAUGGCGAUACACAGAGAUAUCGCUUGGGCGUCAACUAUAUGCAGAUCCCUGUCAACUGUCCGUAUCGUGUGAAUGUCAAGAACUUCCAGCGUGACGGAGCGAUGACUGUGAAUGAUAACCAGGAUGGUGCACCCAACUAUUUCCCCAACUCCUUUUGUGGACCCAAGGAGAGCUCUCGGGCUCUGGCUCUACAGACCUGCUGUCCCGUUUCGGGUGAUGUCUAUCGCUAUAUGAGCGGCGAUACGGAAGACAACUUCAGUCAAGCCACCGAUUUCUGGACCUAUACCCUGGACAAUUGCGGCCGUAAGCGCCUGGUACGCAACAUAUCGGAGCAUCUAGCGGAUGCAAGUCAAUUCCUGCAGGAACGCGCUGUUAAGCUCUUUACCAUGGUCCAUGCCGACUUUGGACGACUUAUGACCGAGGCUCUGAAUACAGCCAAGAUAUCGAAGUUCUAGCUGCUCCAAUUUAGCUGAUUGUAAUAUUUGAUAAAAA